AGUGGCGCUACCCACUUUCUUCGGGUUCGAGCGUUGCUAUUUUCUUUCUUUUUUGCAACCUUUGCAGCGGAGCCGAGGAGGUUGCGCGCGCGCGGACGGGCUGCUGGCUCCCCCGAAGCUCCUGGGCGGGGAGAGUCGGAGGCCACGAUCCCCACCGCCGGGCUUCCCCCGGGCUUGCCUGGGAGUAAGCUGCCCCUUCCAGUGGGCGGGCAGGGCGCGAGCGGGGGCGCGCAGGACACCUCCUCCCCCCCGAAGGGAAAAAAAAGCUCCGGCGUCUUGCUGCCGGGGGAUCGGGCCCUCCGGCUCGCGCAGCGAGGCGGCGGAGGGCCGGGUGGGGGCUCGGCCCCUUCCCCGGCGGGGGCGGCGGCCACAGCAGCUGGGGGGGGGGGGCGCCGGGAAGAGGAUCCGCCGCCGCCCGAAGCCAACAUGGCUGAGAUCAGCAUCGACCAGUCCAAGCUGCCGGGAGUCAAGGAAGUGUGCCGAGAUUUUGCCGUCCUCGAGGAUCACACUCUGGCCCACAGCCUGCAAGAACAGGAAAUUGAGCAUCAUUUGGCAACCAAUGUGCAGCGCAACCGCCUGGUGCAGUAUGACUUGCAGAUGGCCAAGCAGCUGCAGGAAGAGGAGGACCGCAAGGCCCGAGCCCGGAUCCAGGAGCGGCACAAAGACCUGGAAAGGCAGGACUGCGAGAUAGCUCAGGAAAUUCAAGUCAAGCUAGUCAUUGAAGCAGAACAGCGGCGUCGGCAGGAAGAAGACGAUGAGGACAUUGCUCGGAUCCUGCAGCAGAAGGAACUCCAGGAGGAGAAGCGCCGAAAGAAGCCCCACCCAGAGCCCUUGCAGAAGAGCACCUACGAUGAGGGAUACUACCCGGAAAGCAGAGACCACUCGUGCGGGAGCCCCCGGGAGCAGGCUAGGCCUCGCCGAGCCCAGAGCGGCGAGAGGGAGCCCCAGAGGCUGAGGGAACCCCGACGGGCCCCCCCUCUAUUUUCCGAGGGGCUGGACUUGGAAGUCCUGGGGAGCUCCUCGGAAGCGAGGCAGGCUGGAGGCGGCCGGAGGGACGGCAGGGAGAGGCAGGACAGGAAACGGGGCGGCCGGGAGAGGCCUCAGAAGCCUCCUUCGGACAUGGAGGAGGAAAGCCGCCGGGAUGGAGACCGCCGGGAAAGGAAGCCAUCCAGCCAGGAAAGACAUUGGCGGCCCUCUUCGCUCGCGCUGGACGGGGAGGUCGAGCCCCCUGCAGGUAGCGGCAUGGGGUGGAGAGAAAGGAGGCCAGGGAGCCGAGAGGGUCGCCGCAGGACACCCCCUCUUCUCCUGGACUGGGAAGACGAAAGGGUGCGCCUAGACAGCGGUGGCAGACCCCGUAAGCCCCGAGAGAGGCGGUCCCCUUGCUCAGAGAGGUCCCCGCGGCCAACACACCUGAGCGCCGACAGGGAGGAAAGGCACCGGCUCGGCCACAGCUGUUCCCCAGACCCGGGUCGCCAGAGGCGACCACCACGCGAGGGCCGGGAGUCGCCCAAGCCCCCCUCCCGUGACCCCAAGCUGCAGGACCCGGAAGCACCAGCGCCCCGGAGAGGCGGCAGGAGGGACGGAGAAAGAGAACAUCGCAACAGGGCAAGCGCCUUGCCCUCCUCGCACUGCGGGGAGGACGUGGGAGCCGAUGCCCGGCACCGUAAGGAUCCAGGAACGAAAACGCGGGGGGCGAAAGAUGCCACUUACCACAAAGGCCGCCCGGCAGAUCCCCAGGACCAGGAGCUCUACGAUGCAGAGAUCGCCCGGAAGCUGCAGGAGGAGGAGCUGUUGGCCAGCCACGUGGACAAGAGAGCCGCGCAGGUCGCCCAGGACGAGGAAAUAGCUCGCCUGUUGCUGGCGGAGGAGAAGAAGGCUUACAAGAAAGCCAAAGAACGGGAAAAGUCUUCUCUGGAGAAGAAGAGGCAGGAGCCAGACCGGAAGCACGACACACACGAACUGGUGCGCCCGAGGUCAAGGGAAGGUCACGAAGGUCACCGGUCCAGAAGCGACAAGCCAACGAGGUUACCACUAUAAGCAGUAGGACGAACGAGGCAAUAUUUUUUUUGCUGAUACUGACUCUCUUCUGUAGCAAACUUUGCUGGAAUCCUUCCUGGAGAUCUCCUGGGUUCCUUCCAGCCUCCCAGGAUCUCCCGGGGGACGACCUCCUUCCUGAGCAUCGCAGACAUCGUCCACAAACAGUGCCUCUUCUUCAGUCCUUGUCGAUCUCCCUCCGGUCUCCUGGGCAGGGCAGUUAAAUCUUGCUUUCGUGGGGUACCUUUUUCACAGCCCAUCUCGCCCGUUGCGCAUUUCGGAUUUGGGAUCUCGUAGCACCAUCUUCCAGCCGCCGCUAUCCCAACGAGGAUCUCGUGGGCCUGGGAAGAGGGCAGCCAAAACAAGCCUAGGAUCGUAGGGCUGGGAGGGAUCCUCAAAGGUCAUCCAGCCCAACCCGCUGCAAUGCAGGAACCACAGCUUAAAAAAAUCCCUGACAGAGGCCUGUCCAACCUCUGCUUAGAAAACUCCCAUAAAGGAAAGCUCACCGCCUUCAUGAUAAAGGGAAAAGCUAUGGUGUUUGGGGCUGUUUCUUUCAAUGGGGUGGAAAUGCCUGCUGCUUUGCAGAGACAGUGGGGCAGAGAGGUUUUCCCCUCCCUCUCUCGUAAUUCUAGAACCCAGAUGCCUCUGACUGAAAUUCGGGAGAUUUCAGGGCAGGCAAAGAGGAAGCAAUUACAGUGGUACCUUGGUUCUUGAGCUCAAUCCGUUCUGGAAGUCCAUUCAACUUCCAAAACGUUUGAAAACCAAGGCAUGGCUUCGGAUUGGCCCCGGAAACAAUGCCGACAGCCGAAACGGACAUUCAGCUCCCAAAAACCGUUCGCUAACCAGAACACUUACUUCCGGGUUUGCGGCGUUCAGGAGACGAUUUGUCCGUCAACUCAGCCGUUCGGGAACCAAGGUACCACUGUAUUCACACAGCACGUAUUUAAAAUGUAGCAUCCGCUCUCCCCGUAUCUAGCGGUGACCACAAACUUAGAUGGCUUUCAAAGAGGGGUCGACAUAAUGCAGGAGAUGCUCUGAGUACCAUUUGCUGGGAAUUGCAGAUUUGAAGAGGGCCACAGCACUCCUGGCUGGCUUGCAAGCUACCCAUAGGUGCAUCUGGCUGGCCAGUGUGAGAAGACGAUGCUGGAUUUUUUGGGGGGGAGAUCCCGUUGGCCUGAUCCAGAGGAGAUGCUCUUGCACCCUUGUUGCCUCCUGGUAAGGCCGCAAUUUGCCAACAAGAUGUUCUUUGGCUCUUUCUCUCCCUCCCUUCCUCCUUAGCGUGAAUGCAAACAGGAGGCGAAGCAGGAGUCUAGUUAAUUCCACGACAUGGACUUGAGAAGGUGGUGUUGAUGGUCUUUUUAAAAGCCACACCAUUGCGAUGCUUAAGGCAACUUUACUUGGGCAUGGCAAAGAUCGAGUCUCCUGGUGUAUAAGUUGCAGCAUUCCCUCACCUUAACUUCACACAUGUGUAGGAAUUAAGUCCUACCAGGCUGGCUCCAGGCUGAGUUUUUCCUGCACAAAUGUUCUCGACAAAUUCUGAAUACCCUCAUGGGAGAUACAACCGCCAAACAUACUUUCGGCAUUACCCCGUUUCUUCUGAAACUCCUAACACAGGCAUAGGCAAACUCGGCCCUCCAGUUGUUUUGGGACUACAAUGUCCAUCAUCCCUGGCCACUGGUCCUGUUAGCUAGGGAUGAUGGGAGUUGUAGUCCCCAAACAUCUGGAGGGCCGAGUUUGCCUAUGCCUGGCCUAACAGGUUAGCUAUUGGCCUUAGAUUUACUUUCCUCUUAUUUUACAGAAGUUUCAGCCUUCGUGGUUUCAUACGUAUUUCUGAAACAAUGAGGUCUAGGAACUUUUAAAAAAAACUAUAGCAGGCUGUUCAGAAGUGCCUUGGGCAGGAGGAGGGGGAGUCUAGGUUGCCCACUUUGCCCUAAGAUGCCCCACCUAGAAGCCACUCUCCUACACCCUGGAAAAAACCCUCUAAAGGAAUGGCUCUCCUCUCCUUCCCAAACUUGCGUCCCAGCCUAGAUUUCACUGCCCUGCCCUCCCCUCCUGAUCUUUUAGGUUUGUUUCCCUUUUUGGUCAGAAAGUGUUAACUCUCUCUUGCAGCAAAUCGACCGGCACACACACACAGGGACUCCCCGUUCUGUUCUCCAUCUCCCACCGUGCCAUGUCCAGUGGUCUCGUUUUCUUUUUUUAAAUAUACUGUAUGGUUUAUUUUUAUAACAUAGAAUAGUUGAUGGUUGUUGGUUGGUUGUUUUUAAAACUGAUGAAGCUGCCAUUUCCCACUUCUCCCAUCAAAACCUUGUAUUUAUUAUUGCUCGGCGUUGAACGAUGCCAUUUCAGGUGCCAAAAGCUUGCCUGUGUUCACACACAACUGGGGGUCUCUCUUCCUCCAUCGCUCCGUCUUGUCAGCCUCUCCCAUGAAGCAUCUUCGUGGGGGUGUCUCUGGUGGGGGCCUUUUCUCCCUUUCCCUUGCAGGGUGAGCAGAGGCCAUGAGUCUGUUGACGCUCAGCAAAGGGAAAGGAAAUGGAGAGAUACCUAAACCUCUGGAUGUUUCCCCCCUUGUUGGACAUUGGGAUCACGGCAGGAAGAAAGUGUUGUCCUCUUGUCCUCGGUCCCCAGAUUACUUGCUGGUGCCCCCCCAAACAUGUUGGGAAACUUUGGGGAGCUCCUGUCAAAGACUAGGUUUGGGGGCCCAAGACUUUCUCCUUAAGGGCACGGACAUAACUGGGCUUCAAACACAUUUGGGGCCAAGGUUCUUGCAAGGGUGGGUGCAGACAGUGGGGACCGUUGUGCAGGAAAAUUUUUCCUGAGCUUUGCCUCCUUGAAUUUGGCACUGUUCCCUAUCCUCUGUUCCUUUCAGGGCAAGUUGUGCCGGAGUCCUGCCCAGUCGGUUGCUCCAAAAUAGUUUUCCCUGGCAUGCAGGUGAAACUGGUUUGUCCAAAGGGGUGUUCAUCAUCCACCACAAUGGUUCCCAAACCUUUUGGGACCACUGCCUCCUUUGUUCCAUAAACCCAUCCCGGUGCUCUUAUACCCUAUUAAAAAGCCUUAUUCAGAAUAAUGCUUUGCACUGCCCACUAAAGAAGGUAAUAACACAUUAAAGUUCAAAACAGUAACAAUUGCACAUUUAUUAAAUUCCAAACAAAACUAGUUUAACUAAUUUUUUAAAAACCUAUUUGAAGGUGGCUCUCCUAUCUCCUCUCAGUCUCCUCUUUCCCAGGCUAAACAUACCCAUUCCUUCAACCAUUCUUCAUCAGGCUUUGUUUCCAGACCCUUGGUCAUCUUGGUCACCUUCCGCUGCACACAUUCUAGCUUGUCAAUAUCCUCCUUAAAUUGUGGCGCCCAGAAUUGGACACAGUAUUCCAGGUGUUUGUCUGACCAAGGCAGAAUAGAGUAGUACUUUGACUUCCCUUGAUCUGGACACUCAACUUCUGUGGAUGCAGCCUAGAAUAGCGUUAGCUUUUUUUGCUGCUGCAUCACGCUGUUAACUCAUGUUCAGCUUGUGGUCCACCAAGACCCCGAGAUCCUUUCCACAUGCACUGCUGUCAAGCCAGGUGUCCCCUAUCCUGUAUACGGUAUGUGGUUGCUGAUCAUUUGAAGCUGCCAGGUGAGCACAGCUCUUUUCCCCAGUGCAGGGACCUCCGAGGUCUUACCCCAGGGGCCAGCAAAGCUUUUGUGGCUUGGGCUGGUUCACGGUUCCACAGACGGCCACGGUGGGCCGGAGUGUGUUCACACGCACGCGUGCGCAAACGCUAUUUCUGGCGCUCCUUCUGGCACAGAGGAGGCGUACACAGCUUCCCAUUGGCUGCAGGAGCUUCCUGCAGCCAAUGGGAAGCCGGCCAGCAUCGUGGAAGGCGGUCCCUGCUUUGCUCCGCGCCAGUUUAGCGUUGGCACACAGGAGCCGACCGAGCGGGCGGCGGGAGUCCAUGGGCUGGUUCAACGACCCCAUGGGCCUUAGGUUGUUGACCCCUGUCCUACCCACUCCUGGGAGGAAAGACCUAGAAAGGAAAGUGCCCUUUGCAAAGGCUGCCCCCUUUGCAAAUGCCAUCCAUGGGGCUCCCUGGGCAGAUCCCAGGUCUCAUUGCCAACGUGAGCUUACCUGGCUGCAGCUUGCAACUAGAGCAGGCACCACUACCACAGGGUAGGCAUGGCUUCCCAGGGAGGCAUCCCUUGUAGCAUUGGGGUGCUUAGCUGCGAUUGUAGGACCUCUGCGCCCAUCCCUUAGGGAACUUUGCACACAGCUGUAGAGCUGUAGCUGGGAAGCUGGACCCUUUCAUGUUGGGGGUGUUGCUUCCUGGUCUCAGUGGCUGAUGCCCCUUAAAUAUAUGUGGAGCACAGUGGGAGGCAUUAUGGGCACCUGAACCUCAGGAGGAGGCUCCGGCUGCAAAGCGCCUCCUGGCCCCACUUUGGUUGGAGGUGACCCCCACCUUGCACAAUUAAAAGCACGCACACAAAAAACCCUGCCACUUACAUUACUUAGCCUGAAGACAAGAGGCUCCCCCGUUAGCAAGCAGUGCCGCUGCCCGUUCGCUCCCCAGCAUUACAUGUAGAGCGGCUUGCAGCUUGCCUCUUCUGCAGCUCCCAGGUGGAAUCUACACACAUACGUAUUUAAAAAACCGCUGUGAAAAUGCUUUGUUUUAAAAACGCAUUGAAUUUUGCCUAGCUCUCUCGCCACCUAGUGCCACAUUUGUAUAUUGCACUUUACAACACCUUUGAAGCAUUUCAUUUGCAGCUGCGUAGCGGAGUCUCCCCGAACAGGGGGUUCUGCCUCGGUGCCUCCUGUGUUUCCGUACUGUAGUACCUGUCCCCAAACUACCUUCUUUGGCAGAGGAAUAACCAGCAGCUACUUCUCUUCAGCCGCCAUUCUCCAGUGUAGCAUGUGGAGGUUUGGCUUUGGAGAUUCAAAGCUUGAGCCCAGCCUGUGCUGCCAUUCCUUUCCAGGAACUCCAAGGUUGCCCGCCCCUAAGGUUGCUUCCACGCUGGGACUUUUUGGCUCGGCUGAGGCUUCCCUUUCCCCCCAGUCAGCUGGAAGAGAAAUGGAAAGGGUGGCUUCUCGGCACACUUAAAAAGAGCAAUACUUUUUCCUCACCCUCAACCGUUGGCAGCCUUGCACUAAAAUAACGCUGCUUUGCUCUGCAAAGCCCUGACUACUUCACACAACUAUUUAAUUUGUUGCUUCCUGCGCCUUCAGGCAGGGUGGAUUUUAUUACUGGUUUCCCCUUUGCACACUCUUCCAGUGUGGUGUAGUGGUUAAGAGCGGUGGACUCGUAAUCUGGGGAACCGGGUUCGCUUCCCCGCUCCUCCACAUGCAGCUGCUGGGUGACCUUGGGCUAGUCACACUUCUCUGAAGUCUCUCAGCCCCACUCACCUCACAGAGGGUUUGUUGUGGGGGUGGAAGGGAAAGGAGAAUGUUAGCCGCUUUGAGACUCCUUCGGGUGGUGAUAAAGCGGGAUAUCAAAUCCAAACACCACCUCCUCCUCCUCCUCCUCCUCCUCCUUUUCUUCUUCCAAUGUCAGAUGCCAGCCAACCAACCUUUUCAGACUGCAACUGAGCAAUUUCACAAAAACUUGAGUGUGCAAAAUCUUGGGCCUUUGCCGCUAGGGUAGAAGCAACCUCUUCUAGCAUGAGCAGCUAGGCUUUCCUUCUAAAUGGCACACUUAACAAGACAACCCCAUCUGCAAUAAUCUGGCUUUGCUUUGUUUUGCCUGUCCUACUUCCCAGGUUUAAAGCUGCUUCCAGCUGGUUUUAGGGAAUUCCUUCUAAAUGUCUUGUGUUGCCUGCUUUUGGCACCCUGGAUUCUGAAUGUAAAGGGGGGCACCUCCUGCCCCCCUGAAACUAUUGCACCUGUCUCUCUUUCCUAAUAGAUUUGUAAAUUUAUUGUUUUCUUUUGUAGCAGGGUUUGAGAAGUCAAAUCGGAAAUUCCCCUGGGACAGAGGAGGGCAAAAUGGAAUAAUUUGGGAGGUUGUUUAAUGCACACUCAGUGUUUUAGAAGACUGUCCAAAGCUGGACGGUUCCUGUGCAUCAGGUUUUUGAAGUGCUGAUUGCAAAAUCUAGAUCUCUUCAACAGAUUUUGUCAAGGCAGUGAGCUGUCUUCCCGGUUCCCCCACAAUUGCUGUGUUUUGCUUGGCAAUGUAAUGUGUGACCACCUUUCGUUUUGAAUUAAAAUCUUGAUACUUCAUAAAUGUCCAAACCGAUGUUGCACAGCGCCCGUAACCCAGAGGCGUGCGAGUACAAGACAUCUGGAUGUACAACCAGCCAUUUUGCCUUUAAAAACUCUUAUAUUUUCAGCUUGGGUGGGGGAGCCGCUGGAGAGACAAUGGCUUGGUGCAUCUCUCUCCUCUCUGACCCAAUGCCCACUGCUACAAUUAUUGCUCUUAAAUGUAAAAUCUGUUUGCGCAGUUGUGGAAGGUGUGAUGAGUUUAGGCCAACGGGAGAAGCCGAUGGAGGGUCGUUGCAUUGUGUACAGAAACACCCCCACCCCUAAGGCAUUUGGGUGGCUUAAGGUCAAGCACAAGGACUUUCUCGAAAUUCUGCAUGGUCCAAAGUUCAUAUGUGUGGUGAAGAAACCAGGAUGUGCCUAAAACAACGGAACCCGAUAAACUGUUUUAUGUUUGCCUCUGUACUUCCAGUGCAGAUUUCCAUGGACUGAAUGAAGCCUUUCCAGUUCAGCCAAGCACUACAGACCUUGGCAUUUCUUCCCCAUUUCUUUAUGUUUUCUUCCUUGCUUUUUUCAGUCGAAAAUUAUUGUUCUCCUUGGUUUGUCCCACGGGGUUGCUUUCUGCGCAAGGCCCUCGCCGACUCCUGGCCUUUGCUGUCCUCCUUUGCCAUUGCACAGGCGAUGCAGUGACGUUCUUCCAAUCUGUUAGAAGUAGCAAAAGCCAGCUGCGUCGGCCAGCCUUUUCCCAACCUGGCUGCCUUUCAGAAUUUUUGCGCUACAGUUUCUGGCAGCCACUGCAGCCACGCUGGGAGUUGCCGUCCAAAACACCUGGGAGCGCGUCAGGUUGGCGGAAGUUGUGCUGGACUUCAUAUCUCCACUGUUCUCCUCUGCUGAGAGACUGGAAAGAGCGCUGGCAUGCUGGGGCAGGAUUCAAGGCUGUGUUUUCCUUUGGAGAUGGCAGUGUUGGAAUAAAUAAAAGGAUUGGCAUUUAUCUGCGGUGUGUGUGCAUAUGUUGCUGUGGCUCUGUCAUGGGCAAGUGGGUCCGUUCACUUUCCACUCUUCAAGAACAUGGGAAGGAUGUUAACAAAUGCCACGCAGCCAAAUGGGUCUCUCUCAUAGCUGCCAAGUUUUCCCUUUUCUCGCGAGGAAGCCUAUUCAGCAUAAGGGAAAAUCCCUUUAAAAAGGGGAUAACUUGGCAGCUAUGGUCUCUCUUCCUUAAAGACCCCGCCGAGGGCCUAGAAGCUGCUUUUGGCUCCUGUCCUAGAGAGCAUUCAAACAUGGGGAACAGAGUGCUUGUUUUCCUUAUAAUAGAAUCAUAGAGAUGGAAGGGACCCUAGGGGUCAUCCAGUCCAACCCCCUGCUAUGUAGAAGUCUCAGCUGAAGAACCCCUGACAUUUGAUCAUCCAGCCUCUGCUUAAAAAACCUCCAAGGAAGGAGAGUCCACCGCCUUCUGAGGGAAUCCAUCCCACUGUCAAGUGGCUCUUGCCUUCAGAAAGUUCCUCCUGAUGUUUAGCCGGAAUCUCCUCCCUUGCCAUUUGAGUCCAUUGGUUUGGGAGCAGCGGAAAACAAGCUGGCUCCAUCUUCCAUAGGAGAGCUCUUUAGAUAUCUGAAGAUGGCUAUCCUAUCACUUCUCAGUCUUCUUUAUUCCAGGCUAAAUAUGCCCUCAACCAUUCCUCAUCGGGCAUGGUUUCCAGACCCUCCUAAAAUGGUGGUGCCCAAGAACACAGGACUCCAGGUGGGGUCUAGCCAAAACAGAAUAGAGCAAUACUAUGACUUCCCUUGAUUUGGACACUUAAGACUUGAUUUGCCUUGAGAGAGUCUUUAAACCUCUUUUGCUGACCACCAACGUUAUGCUUUCCAUUUUUAAGUUCGGAAUAGAGUAGUUGCUUUGGAAGACGAUCAUCAGGCAUCCGCACAACAUAAUAACCAGUCCAACGAAGUGGAUGUUGAAGAAUCACUGGAGAUCUUUGCUUCUUCCGGUACACUGCUAUUAGUUCGCCUGUCUUCCCAAGUGAUGUGUAACAAUUUUUGGAGACACUGUUGAUGGAGUCUUUCGAGGAGUUGGAGAUGGCGUUUAUAAGUGGUCCAUGUUUCACAAGCAUAUAGUAAGGUUGGUAGAGCUUCGCCCCCCCCCAAAAAAGCUGGCAACCUUGCUUCCAGGGAUGUGUGCUACCAUUCCAAGUGGAUCUAGGCACCAAUGACACCCUUGAGAGCUUGGUGCAGGCAGGCAGGCAGGCCGUUUGAAGUGGGAGAAGCCCAGGACCUGCCCACUGCUCAGCGUGAUAUUCUCAAAAAGGCAAAGCAAAAUAAAUAUAUACGAGCUGCCACUAGGAGGCAACCGAGGAUCUUAAACCUCUCUUAUUUGCUCACUGCUAUCAAGAAUAUUGAUGGAAAUUGGGCACAAAUGCUCUGUGAAGGCUGUAAAUCUAGGGGUCAGCUAUCUUUUUCAGCCAUGGGCAGGUCCACCGUCCCUCAGACCAUGUGGUGGGCCGGACUAUUUUUGGGGGGGGGGGGAUUGAACAAAUUCCUUUCCCCCACAAAUUAGCCAGAGAUGCAUUUUAACUAAAAGGACACAUUCUACUCGUGUAAAAACAUGCUGAUUCCCGGACCAUCCGUGAGCCGGAUUGAGAAGGUGAUUGGGCCGCAUCCGGCCCACGGUCCUAAGGUUGCCUACCCCUGCUGUAAUCCAUACAAUAAAGGGGGAUCGCAAGUUUGGAAACUUGCUUGAUGGAGGCUCCUCUCGGACUCUGGAUGAGGUUCCGCUCUCAGCUACCCCAGCGAAAGGCCGGUAACUCGGUCCAGACUUGGUCAUCUUUCUUCUUUGGCGAUCCCUCAUAGCCGAGUAAGAUUGUCUUCCAUAAACACCGUUUCAACAGUGAGUCCAUAAGUGACUGUGGAGGCCAAUUCUGGAUCC